AAACCACGUUUUCAAGAUGGCGGUCGGUCUUGGAGGAGCAGAGGAACAUUUCGCUAAGAAAUUAGCGAAUAAUGACAAAACGAUUAGGGAUAGAGCUGUAAAAAGACUACAGGCAUGGAUAGCAAGUCGGCCUUCUACUUCUCCAGCCUUUGGUGAAAUAGAACUUCUUAAAAUAUGGAAAGGUUUAUUCUAUUGCUUCUGGAUGUCAGAUAAACCUUUAAUACAGGAAGAGCUUGCUACAAAUAUCUCAAAACUACUCCAUAGCUUUAAAAACAUUGAUUCAGGUUUUAAUUUUAUUGUAACAUUUUUCAAGACUUUCCAUAAAGAAUGGCAUGGCAUUGAUCGAUUAAGAUUAGACAAGUUUUAUAUGUUGAUACGAUUUUUUAUCAAAGAGAAUUUUGAAUUCUUAAGUAAAAGCAAUUGGAAAUCAAGUUUAUGUUCAAGACUUUCUACCAUUUACAAGGAAGGACCACUCAAUCCUACUUUAGAGAGUGCGCCUGUUGGGAUCAGACUACAUCUUUGCAGCAUAUUUUUAAMUGAAUUAGAAGGCUUKAAAUGCAAAAAGAUACCAUGCGAAGCUGUUUCAAUUCUGUUAGAACCUUUCUUCAUCCUUGCUGCUCAAACCAAGAGUCAAGUCGUUUCAAGGGCUUUGAAAGAAGGAGURUUUGAAAAGAUAGCAGAAAUAGAAUCAAGACAAGGUGGAAAACAGAAUGGAAAUGAGGUCAAUAAUGAGGAUAACGAAAAUGAAGGAGUCAAUGAAGAAAACAGUAGUUUAGAGAUCAACCUCSAAGACAUAACAGAAAGGCUCUUCAGUUUAGCAAGCAAAAGAGAAAUCUUGGGAAGAAACAGGAACAUGCUUUAUUUGUAUAUYAAAAAAUUCAAGAAAUCAAUUCCAGACACCACAAAGACUYCACAAAGUACCUCCAAGAAGAGGAAAAUAGAUGAUUUAGAAGAAAAUGAAGGAGAGGUUAAUAACAAGAAGAAGAAAGAGCUGAAGAGAAAGACUGAUCAAGCUGAAUUUACUCAUUUCAAUGGCACAUCAGAAAAACAAUGCAUCAACGAAGAAAACAGUGAAGAGAAAGUGGCAAGUAAAAAGAAAAGAAAAAAGAAAAGGAAUGCUGAAAUGGUUGAUACUGAGCACCAAAAUGGUGAAGGGAAUAAGGAAGAGCAACAAUUAGAUGAUUCAGAGAAGAAUGAAAAUACUAUGGCGGAGUCAAAUGUAAGAAGAGKGAAAAGAAAACCUAAAAUUAUUCAUAACAAUAAUGAUGAAAAUGCCAGUGGCUUGAACCAUUUGGAUGAAAUAGAGCAGAUGAACAGGAAAACAAAGAAAAAAUGUUCCCUYGAUGAAAAUCAAAAUGAAAAAGAUGGCAAAAAAGAACACAAACAAAAGAAGAAGUCACAGAACAAAAUACCUUCUCAAAAUAAUAGUUUGAAUGAAAGCCAUCUCACUGACAAACAAAACGAACUCUCAAAUCAAAGUCAGGUUGACAAACAAGUUUCCAAAAAUGGAGUAUCUGAAGAUGAGUUAGAUAAAACUUUAAAGGAGAUGAGACAAAAGAUAUCUGAAGCAAAUGCAGCUUCACAGACUCCUCAAGCAACCAUAUUGAAGAAGAAAAAAGACAAGAAUGAAAGAAAUAUGACACCCCAAGCUUUUGCUACAUUUAUGAAGACCAAGACUCCACCAGCUUAUGUCCGGAAAGCAGUACCUCAAACAGAACCAAAGAAAGUCAGAGAUUUACAGCUGUCCACUCCUAAGUCAGCUCCUCAUCCUUCAAGAAAGAAAGUCACUAUUGAACUGUCUAAAAAUAAAGCACAGACUACAUUAGAUUAUGUUCAAAGCCUGAAAACAAGUCCAUCUGUCCCUUUUGAUGCMAGUCGAAGUCCAGCAUUUGGUUUGUUGAAGACAGACUCACCACAGUCUACACCRAACACCAAGAAGUUCACUCCCAAGAAACGAUCCAAAGCAGUUGAUUUCUUUUAACUCUCUUUUGUAUUGCUCAUUUUUAUUACAAAUAUAUGAAUUGGUAAUAUAACUGAGAAAUCAAGUUCUUAAAAUACAAAUGAAAAUUUGAAAAUACAAUGUUG